AUGAAUAUCUUUCGUAUCCUUGGAGAUCUUUCUCAUUUGGCGAGUAUAUUCAUUUUAUUAUAUGCCAUUGAACAGAAUAGAUCAAUCAAUGGUUUAUCAUUAAAGACUCAAGUGAUGUAUGUACUUGUUUAUGUAACAAGAUAUCUAGAUUUAUUCACAAAAUUUUAUUCGUUUUAUAAUUCAGUAUUGAAAGUCUUCUUUAUUGCAUCAUCAAUAUAUACAGUUUAUGUCAUGACUUAUAAAUAUCAAAAAACAAUCAAGAAUGAUAUUGAUACUUUCCCAGUGAAAUAUUUAGUUGGAGCAUCAGCUGUUGCUGGAUUGAUAAUUACUCAUAAAUAUUCAAUUGGUGAAGUUGUAUGGUCUUUCAGUCUUUGGCUUGAGGCACUUGCUAUCUUACCUCAAUUAUUCAUAUUACAAAGAUUUGGUGAAGCUGAAAAUAUAACUACUCAUUAUAUUUUUGCAUUGGGGAUUUAUCGUGCUUUAUAUAUCCCAAAUUGGAUUUAUAGAUAUUUUGUGGAAGGCCAUUUUGAUUAUGUUUCUGUGUUGGCUGGUAUCCUUCAAACAGCAAUUUAUUCCGAUUUCUUUUAUAUUUAUUAUACAAAGGUUAUGAAAGGUAAGAAAUUUGAAUUGCCAGUUUAA